CACUACACUCAGGAUCGCGCACUCGAACUAAACGCGUUCAAUAUAAACCCUAUUGCCUCAUCAUUUUUGCCCUUCUUUCUCCCUCUAAUCCUCGUCUUCGCGUCCGCCUUCUCCUUCGUUUGCCAUCUCCGGUUUUGUAUUGCACACCAGAUGUCUGUUAGCAUCAGCCACAAGCAUCACUACUUUGUUUGGGCUGCAUUGAAUCGAAGAAGACCUUGGUGCUCUGGGAAGAUAUUGUUUCGGCAUUGGACUUGACAGUUGUUGAGGCUUUGGCGUAUAUUAUUCUAUAUACUCUGUUGCUUUCUUUAGUUAAAAAUUGCUUCACUGAGACCUACUAGUGCUGUGUUUUUUUCAUUUUAUUUGGCUGUGCGGGUUUUUACCAUUUCCAAUGGCGAAGCUUCCACCAGGCUUUCGCUUUCACCCUACUGACGUUGAGCUGAUAAUGUACUAUCUAAAGCGGAAGAUCACGGGGAAAAAGAUCCCAUUUGAAGCCAUAUCAGAACUCAACAUUUACAAGUUCUCCCCAUGGGAUCUUCCAGACAAAUGUUGCUACAAAAGUAAAGAUCUUGAAUGGUAUUUCUUUUGUCCAAGAGAGAGAAAAUAUGCAAGUGGAGCCAGGAUGAAUCGUGCUACUAAAACUGGAUUCUGGAAAACUACUGGCAAGGAUAGACCUGUUCUUUAUGAUGAAAAGUUUGUUGGAUCUGUUAAGACAUUGGUUUUUCACCAAGGUAAUGCACCACGAGGGCAGAGAAGUGAUUGGGUUAUUCACGAGUAUAGAUUUGAAGAUAAAGAUAUGGCAGAUGCAGGAUUUUCUCUGGAUGCAUACGUGCUUUGCAAAGUAUUUAAGAAAAGCGGACCAGGUCCCAAAAAUGGAGCGCAGUAUGGAGCACCAUUUAAGGAGGAAGAUUGGGAAGAUUAUGAGGCUCCUGCUGAACAUAAUCUAUCCAGCAUUCCUUCUUUAGCUAUGCCUGACAAUCAAACCUGCUCAAUUGUGACCUGCAUGGUUGACCCAGCAAGUGCAUCUGGGUGUACUUCUACUGAACUGCACCAACCUUUUACCGAGCCUUACAUACAUGAGAUGCCCGCUGAACCUAAUUCAUCUGGUUUAACUCCUGUACCUGCUAUGCCUGACAACUUGAGCUGCUCUGUCAUUACCACCGUGCUUGACCAAGGAAACAAAUCUCUUUGGCCUUUAACUGAACCAGGUCCAUCUUCUGCUGAGCUUAACAGUCAGAAGACACCUCAGGAUGAGGAGGAUGACAUCGUUCAGCUCUUAGACCAUUUCAUUGAAGAUCCUGCUGUAUUUUUUGCUGGAAAUGAGGAUAAUCUGGGUACUAAUGAUAUGAAUGUUGAAGCUGCAUCUUUCAUUAAUGGGAAUGCCAUGUACAAUGGUCUUGGAAACCUUGACAACUGUGUAGAACUAGAUCAAAGAACAGUUGAUCUUUCUGUAAUUCAGGGAACUGACUAUAGUCAUAACUCCAUAUUUCUCCAGGAUGUUCCCUAUCUGGAGCUCAAUGAUCUUGAAUUCCCUGUGAGUCACUCUGCUGGAACCAUUGAAAUGGCAUCAGUAAUGAUGGGCGAUUUCUGUGUACCACGUAGUUCUGAUGUUGACAUGCGACAGUUCUGUUUUGGAAGCAAUUCUUCAGCCAGAAGUCAGCAAGUUGCAGGCCAAAAUCAGCUCCAUGUGCUCCCUGAACAUCACAUCCAGCAAGUUAAUCUCUCUGAUUUGGUAAAUUCUGAUGCAGCUAAUGUGAAUCAGGUAUACAAUGCUGCAUAUGCGACUGUUUUUAGUUCUCACAAGCAACCAGAGGACAGUAGAUACACUGCUCAAAACCAGGAAAGAGGGGAGCAGCAAAGAAAGUUUUUCUCUUGCAUAUAUGCUCAUUCUGCUUCAAAUUCUCUUUGUGCUGGCUUCUCUAUACAUGCCCAGGCUGAGGUGGUUCUUUGGGUUGAUGGAUGCACUGGCGACGCCUUGUUAGCUGUUUUGGUAGAUUCUAGUACUUAUCUUACCUGCCAGUCGACUGUUGAUGAGGAAGAUAAGGAAGUGUGUAAUUAUUGCUAUGCUUUUAUAACUUCCUUCUGCGUUGGUAUUAGUUUAGCUUCCGUUUUUUGUUUCUGUCAAGAUCGGAAUCUGGGUGUGAUGACACUUGUUGUUUUCCGCUGGACAACUCAGCCUAAAAUUCAACAUUUAAGGAAAAAUAAAGCGGAAACAGUUUAAAUGUACAAGUAUUAAACAAAAUUGGAAGUAUUUUAACU